AUGGCCGACUCCAGACCCAAGAUCCUCCUCCUUGGAAAGAUCGUCCACGCGCAUUCUACCUGGCAUUCCCUAAGCGAGCUUGGAGAAUUAGUCGCACCCACCGCCACCAACCGUGAGGGCUUCCUCAAAGAAUGCCGCGAUGGCAAGCUGGACGGAGUGGUCGCUGCGUAUCGCACGUUUGACUCCGUGACUAUUACAGGCAAGAUUGAUGAGGAGAUCGUGAAUGCACUUCCCAGAUCUCUCAAGUACCUUGCGCAUUGCGGUGCAGGAUAUGACCAAGUCGACGUCCACGCCUGCAGUGCCCGGAACCCGCCCAUUCGGGUCUCCAACACUCCCACUGCUGUCGAUGAUGCUACGGCCGAUGUGAACAUGUUCCUAAUAAUUGGUGCUUUGCGCAACUUCAACACUGGAAUGGCCGCACUGCGCGAGGGCAGAUGGCGUGGACAGCCCGUCCUUGGCCAUGAUCCUCAAGGCAAGGUCCUUGGUAUCCUGGGAAUGGGUGGAAUUGGACGGAACCUGAAGAGGAAGGCCGAGGUGUUCGGGAUGAAGGUUGUCUACCACAACCGUCGGCAGUUGAGUGAGGAAUUGUCAGAAGGAGCACAAUAUGUGACCUUUGACGAACUACUGUCGACCAGUGACGUGAUCAGUUUGAACUUGCCUUUGAAUAAAAACACCCACCACAUCAUCAGCAAAUCCGAAUUCGCCAAGAUGAAGAAUGGCGUUGUCAUCGUCAACACAGCCAGAGGUGCCGUCAUGGACGAAGCAGCUCUUGUCGAAGCCCUCGACAACGGCAAGGUAUACUCUGCUGGCCUCGAUGUCUUUGAGGAGGAGCCAAAGAUUCACCCUGGUCUCGUCCGUAACCCGAAUGUCUUGCUUAUUCCCCAUAUGGGUACUUGGACGGUGGAGACCCAAACUGCUAUGGAAGAGUGGGCGAUUGGGAAUGUGCGAGACGCACUCCAGACUGGGAAGUUAAAGAGUCCUGUCCCUGAACAGGCUGAUCUGUGA